AUGUUCAUUGUGGAUGCUUUGCAUCAAUUUCAAGGUAAAGAUCUUGUUGCAUCUGAGCAUUCCAGUUACUGGAAAUGGAUGACAGACGUUGCAGAAAGGGCUCGUCCGAUUCUCGACAUCCUGGGGGUUACCGCGCAUGGAAUGGCAGCGCUGACACAAGAGCUGAAACAGUGUGUCGAGGGAAGAUUACUGUGUCGAUUCGGAGAGAAGCUUCCUGACGUCCUGUCUGGAAUAGCCCAGGCGAAAGACAUCCUGCUGGAUUUCAUGGCCGAGAACCAGGCUGAGUGGUAUUCUGUUUCAGAGAGGCUCGAAUCGGUGUUAACUCGGCUGUUCGAGCUUGAUGGCCACAAAUGUCCUCGGGCUAUGAUCCUCGAGAUUGGAACAGGCAAUGGUGCCAAUACACGGAGAUUUAUCAAGACCUUGACCAAGGACAAUACGCGACUGUUCUCUCGCUACGAGGUCACUGCCCCUAGUGCAGGACUGGUCAAGAACGCGGAUACGGUCCUCAAGGAUGAGGCAGACAUCGAGUGCAAGGUUUUAGACUUGAACGCGGAGCCUGAUGCCCAGGGAUAUGCCCGGAGAAGCUACGAUUUGCUUAUUCUAUCCGCAUCAGCUUUGUUGACGGUGAAGGAAAUGGUUCAGACCCUCAGCUCACUGCAUGCUCUUCUUGCCCCUGGUGGGAGAUGCAUCCUCUGGGGCCCCAGCCUGGGCGAUGGUGCGUUGCAGACUAUUUUCCGACUUUUUCCAGGAUGGCAGGGCAGUUUUCAUGCCAGUGGCCUGUGGAAGGAGCUCUGUGUGCAGGCCGGUUUCGAGUCGGUCAGCUCCCACCUCCAGCCAGAUCUCAUCGCAGACGGGUACCAAGGAGAAGUAGUCGUUGCGACGGCCAAGACAGACGUGACAUCUGCCACUCAAGCAGAAGUUCUGCUCAUUUCUAAAACCAACCCGCCGGAAGACUGGCAGCAAGCACUUCAGCACGGGCUAGCUGCUGAAUUUGUGUUUGGCGUCUCCGUUGUCUCCUCGCUUGAAGAGGUUGUUGCCGAUGGCAAAACUUGUAUCAUCUUAGACGAGCUUUUUCAGCCAAUACUCGUUGACCCUUCUGCUGAGCAAUUUGACGCCCUUCGACGCGUGCUCCGCAGCUGUUGGGCUACAGUGUGGGUAUCAUGCGGUGCACAAUGCAAUGCUGAAGAACCUCUGAACAGUUUGCAUCAAGGUCUCCUCCGCACACUGCGCUGUGAGAAUCCUCUUCACCGAUACGUCUCGGUGGACUUGGACCCCAAUGCCCCCGUGUGGUCUCUCUCGACUGCGACUGAUAUCGCACACAUUGUCCACAACACAUUGGCAGCAUCCUCGGCUCCUCUGCCAGAAACCGAAUACGCUGUGCGGGAUUCCGUGAUCCAUAUCUCACGGGUAUACGAAGACCAACAGGAGGCCCAGCUGGUGGGCACCACGCGGCCUCAGGCCCCCGAGAUGCGGCCUUGGUCGACCCCUGGCCAGAACAUUCGGCUGGAAGUUGCCACCCCGGGUCUGCUCAACAGCCUUGUGUUUACGGAAGAUCCCACUACCGACGAGGCUCUUGCCGACGACUGUGUGGAGAUCGAGCCAUGCGCUUUCGGACUCAAUUUCCGGGACAUCAUGGUUGCGCUGGGUCAGCUCGACGAAACGCGGAUGGGCUUUGAAUGUAGCGGAGUGAUCACCCACGCCGGACCGGUCGCACGCGCCGCUGGCUUCACUGCUGGACAGCGGGUAUAUGCCUUCAUUCUCGGCUACUUCGCAACCAGGGUGCGUAUCCCCUUCACCAACGUAGCCCAGAUGCCCGCGGAAAUGGACUUCCUCACGGCAGCCUCCAUCCCCCUUGCAUUUAUCACCGCCUAUCAUGCCCUGGUGGAUCUGGCACGUCUCCAGCGCGAUGAACGAGUGCUCAUCCACUCCGGCACGGGGGGUGUCGGCCAAGCCGCCAUUAUGGUCGCGCGGUGGAUCGGGGCAGAGAUCUUCGUUACGGUCGGGUCGGAGCACAAACGCGACUUCCUGGUAGAGGAAUAA